AUGACCGACCCGCUUAACCCGAAACGUUUGACCAAUCAUCCAGCUCUUGCUAGGAUCAUUGAAAGUGGAAGAACAAAUCUCCCAACUGGAAUCACCAGUAGUGGAUCACUCUCAGCAUACGCUCAAAAUGCAGCCGCAAUUAUUCGAGAUAAUCGUGACAGAGAGAAGAUUGAAAUUGCAGAUUUGAAUAAUAGACUGGCAAGAUAUGUGGAAAAGGUUCGUUUCCUGGAAGCUCAAAACCGUGUUCUUGAAAAUGACAUCGGCGUUUUCCGUCAUGCAGCCCAAACCCAUGCUGGACGUAUUGGAGUUUACUUUGAAUCUGAGAAAAAUUCACUGGCUACGCUGGUCCGAGAGAACAAAGCGAAGAUCUCCACCGCUGAACAGAGCAUUCGAAAACUGGAACCAGAAGUCAUUGCAGCUAAAAAGAAUCUGACUAGUUCAUUCGAGCUGAGAGUGAAGAUGAGGGAGGAUAAAAAGAGUCAGAUGAAAAAACUGUCAGAUCUCGAGGCUGAGAACGCUUACCUCAAGCGCCUUACAUCAGAUUGUGAAGAAGAAAAAAGUCAUAUCAACACUGAAAUUUCUCGUCUUCGAAGUGAAAUCAAGCGCGUUCAUGCUCUUAGAGACAAAGAGCGCACUAAGCACACUUCCGCCGCUCAAGAACUCGUGAAACGUCUCAAUGGAAGUAUUACUCAACACGAGAUUGCUAUUCGAGAAGAAAUCAACAAGGCCAGACGGGAUACAACAGAUAAGAAUAGAGAGUACUUCCAUAAAGAGCUUCACGCAGCUAUGAAAGAGAUUCGUGAUAGGUUUGAGAAGGAUUCACGGGCUACUAGAAAGACAUGGGAGGAAUGGUAUCAUAAGAAGACGUUGGAGAUUAAGAAGGGAUCUGAAACAUUUAGUUUGAAUCAGAACCUGGCCAGGGAAGAAAUCCUGCGUAUCCGUUCAAUUGUCAAUGAGUUCCGUGGAAAACUGUCAGAUGCAGAAACUACAAACCAACAACUUCUGAAGAGAAUUGAUGACAUGCAUUAUCAAGAUAAGGAAAAUCUGAGAAUAUUCGAGUUCACAUUAACAGAGAAGGAGAAUUCGGUCAUAAAAAUGAGAGAAGAAUGCACGAAACUCUCUGUGGAACUUGACAAACUUGUUGAGAAUCAAAUUAACCUCCGAAAUGAAAUCACACACUACCGGAAACUUAUGGAAAACGCGGAGCAUUUACGUACGACAGCUCAAAGUCACGUGGUCAUUGAAACUCCUGCAACAGGUCUUCGCACAACUUCUUAUCACGCUUAUGGCUCGGCGUACACCGAUACAAGCACUAGACAACUUCUCUAA